AUGUCUGUGAUUGGUCGAGAGACCGAUGCGUCAGUGACGUUUUUCAGAAACCGCGAGGAGCUUACACCGAACAUUUUGCAAGACGUGAAGAUAUUAGUGGUACCAGGGCCGCAGAAUGUGUUCAACGACGAAGAACUGGCCAGCAUGAAAGGUAUGGUGGAGAGAGGGGACUCUGUGCUGGUGGCGAUGGUCGACGGUGGCGAGGAACGCAUGAACACCAACAUCAACUUCUUCCUCGAAGAGUAUGGAAUCGUCGUUAACAAUGAUUGCGUGGUUCGCGCUAAGUACCACAAGUUUUACCAUCCCAAGGAGUGUCACAUAUCAAACGGUAUACUGAACCGGGCAGUCACGAAAUACCUCAUGAAAAUGGUCAAUUAUUCCAGUGAAUCCGAUGAUUACCUAGAGGAUCCGGCCACUCCAAACUUCGUGUACCCUUACGGGGCGACGUUGACCGUCAAAAAACCGGCAGCCGCCAUACUGUCGAGCAGCGACGUGUGCUACCCGGUCAAGAGACCGGUCGCAGCCUUGUACACGUCUGAGAGAAGUGGUGGAAAACUGUUCGUGAUCGGCUCCGGACACUUCUUCGCGGACCAGUAUCUAGAGAGCGAAUGCAACGAUCUGAUCAGAGAGAUGGUGUUCAACUACCUCGGCGGAGUUAGCGACUUGCAUCUCAACCCCGUGGAUGUAGACGAUCCUGAUAUAAACGAGUACCGCACGCUGGGCGACACGGCGUGGCUGAGCUCCGUACCGCUGCCCGAGCCGGCGUCGACGCCGCCGCCGCGCCUCGCGCCGCUGCACCCGCACGCGCUCUUCACCUGGCGACUGUUCUCACUCAACCUGGCGCAUCUGCCCGAAGUACUAGGACUGUAUGAAGAGUUAGGAGUGAAACACGAACAGCUGCGUCUGAUCGCUCCACAGUUCGAGACGCCGUUCCCUCCACUACAGCUGGCUGUGUUUCCACCCACGUUCAGAGAGCCGCCUCCGCCGCCGCUGGAACUGUUCGACCUGGACGAGGCGUUUAGCUCGGAGCGGUCGCAACUAGCCAGACUCGCGAACAAAUGCUCCCAGCCUGUUACGUCUAGAAUGGGACAAGGCGAUGGUCGGCAGCUGGAGAACGAGCUGGAGUACUUGGUGCGCGAGUGCGGCCGCGUGGUGCGCUUGUCUCGCGCGCUGCCCGCGGACGGCGCAUGCGCCAAACUCAUACUGCACCAGCUCGCCACACAACUCGCCACCUACAAGAAGAUAGCGCCGAAGGACUAGGAAAUAUAUAUUGAAAUAACCUACUUUCACUAUUUUAUGGAUUUUAUUUAUUAAGACACAUCAAUACAAACAUAUAAAAUGACUAUAAUAUCUUUCAACUGGUCCUUACAUUUGUGGUAGAUUAUGAAAAUGUAUGUAUUGUUAAUUCUUUUUUUGGUCUUUUGCGAUACGUCACCGCAGUGAACUGAUGUAAUGUAUAAAUUGUUUUAUUUAUGAAUAAA